CAGAGGACAGCCCAACGAGAAGAGAAUCCGAGACCGCCGUCUCCAGUAAAAACCCAACCACCAUUGCCACCCAUCCAACGACUCCCCACCACUUCACCACGCCCUCCUCUCUCUCUCCCGGCGCAGGCACACACGCGCCGAGAGGAAGGAGCCGUACCGUACGGGACAGCUAGGAUUUACUCCGCGGCGACUCGGGAUCUGGCGCCCCCAAUGCAGCCGCCGCGUCGCUGAUCCCCUCCGCAGACGCGGCUGCGCAGCGCCUCCAUGGCGCGGCGUCACGGGUGGCAGCUGCCCGCCCACACCCUGCAGGACCCGGAAUUUUUCCGUUCGGUGCUUCCAUGAGCCCUGUGCAUGUGGUUGUGCCGUUGUGGCGUUUGAAAAUUCUCCUGGUGCUAUGUCCGUGCGACGCUGGACGUGUUCCCUCACCUUUUGUCUCCACUCUUAUCCUUAUUUCGUAAUUAUGCGUGUCUGAUGUGAUGGGCUACUUUUACCUGCAAUUUUUUGGGUGCUUCUGCGCAACCUCGCACUGUGUGUACUGUUUAAUUGGCGAUUAGUACGUUGCCAUUUUCUGCUGCUCUGAAGUGAGGUAGUACAUGGGUUUGAUUUUCUUACUACUUUCUCUUGAUGCCAUGCUAACUUAAUUUUCUGUGACUCUUUGUUCUGAUCUCGUGCGCUAUGGAGUAUGUUUCUGCUCGAUAUGGCAUUUCUUUCCAGCCGGUAAAAGUGCUACUUUUUGUUGCUUUCCCGUUGGUCCCUUAUGCAUGGAUCUUGUCCUGGCGCUCUUUUGUGAUGAUGCAAAUACGCGAUAAUUCGGUAGAUAAAAGCUCUACCCCGUUACGUCUUUUGACUUAAUGUUUUUUCCCGUCGAACUGGAGUCCAAAUGGAAUUGUAGCAGAAACCAGGUGAAACCAUUACAACUCGCCCACAAAACAACAUCUGCAAGUUGUUUGUAAAAAUCCUCUAAUUUUUUUUUCUUGCUGGUCCCUGCCUUAAUUAUGCAAUAGGAUGCCUUAAAGUCAGUUACAUUUAUUCAAGAAAAUAAUAAUCUCAAUGUAAAUUUGAGUAUCAUGUAAACUCAGUUACAUUUAUUCAAGAAAAUAUAAUUUGUAGGUUUAGUUCCCAGGCUUUUUAGCUUUUCUAGCUCUGUUGAGUGCAUCUUACUGCCAGAAUUUUCCUGGAUUCAAUGCAUAAUUAUAGCUUGCUUGUGUCCAUGCAGCAUCCCAGCUGAUAUAUAUCCUGGCUAAACACAGCAGAUCAGAAAGAAGUGACCUAGGAUUUUAAAAGCAUGAGCUGUAAUAACUAAUAAGGGCUUUGUGUAUUGAAUUUAGUGAGUAUUUUUCAUAACUAACUAUUGGAUAUUUCUUUACUGAAGAAAAUUCUGUUGGACAAUUUCAUCCUGCAUACCUUCAUCUGAUUGUCUUAUCUACCAUUUAAGAUUAGUUCAAAAGAUCAAGCAAAUUGGGAAAGGGUAUUAUCGGUGAUCUCGUCCUUCACAAGAAAUCUAUAACUCCUGAGCAACCACGGUUAUGUUGUGUACAAAUUUAAGUUUCCCACUUAUAAAUUUGACAGUUUAAGCACACGAAAUGCUCAUUGUUUAUGCAAAUACUCUUGGUUAGGUGUCCUUGGUUUGUUUUCAGCUUUUUAUUGGGGUUUUGGUCUUGGUUUUUCUUCUAAAUGUCUGACAUCUUAGUUGGAUUUUGCACUUCCUCCUCCUAUGCUGGUGUCACUUCAAGCUAUUUGUUCUUACCUCUAUCAAAUCAAGAGUAUGGUAAUCUUUUUUUUGCAGGUGGUUGCUAUAACGGUGUUCUUCUUGCUGUGUAUAGCAUUCUAUGCUUUCUUGUCUCCAUUUCUUGGGAAGGACUUGUACCAGUAUAUCGCAAUCGGUGUUUAUAGUUUCCUGGCCUUAUCGGUGCUGAUUUUAUACAUCAGAUGUACUGCUAUUGAUCCUGCCGAUCCUGGCAUUCUGAUUACCGUCAAUGGUUCACUAAUCUACAAAUCAGAAGCAAACAUAGACACUCAAGAAGAAGCUGGCAAGUCAGGAUCGCAAGCCAACGAGGAAAUCCAAACGCAUAACUCAUGUUUAGGAGCUGGUUGGUUUUGUUGUGCUAUUUUUAUGAAAGAUGAUUGUCGCAAAGAAGAUGAAGCUUACCAACAAGAAGAUUAUGGCGAGGAGGCACUCUUUUGCACCCUUUGCAACGCGGAGGUGCGCAAGAAUAGCAAACAUUGUCGAAGCUGUGACAAGUGUGUUGAUGGUUUCGACCAUCAUUGUCGGUGGCUGAACAAUUGUGUUGGAAGGAAAAACUAUAUGACGUUUUUGUGCCUUAUGGCUGUGAGUCUUGCUUGGCUUGCUGUUGAGUGUGGAGUUGGUAUUGCCGUGUUUGUCCGUUGCUUCACUGAUAGAACAGCCAUUGAAGAUCAGAUAGGGGAAAAGCUGGGUUAUGGCCUUUCAAGAGCACCCUUUGCAGUCAUUGUGGCCCUGGGUACAGCGCUUUCUAUGCUUGCUGCAGUGCCCUUGGGGGAGCUGUUCUUCUUUCAUAUGAUAUUAAUCCGGAAGGGCAUAACAACUUAUGAAUAUGUUGUGGCAAUGAGGGCUCAGAGUGAACCUCCUGGUCUCUCUGUCAAUGAUGACCAGCAAAGCUUGCCAUCUUCUCCAAUGAGUUCUGCACCAACUGCUUUCAGUGGAAGCUCGUUUGCACGGCACUAUAAAGGUGCAUGGUGCACUCCACCGCGCAUCUUCAUCGACCAGGAUGAAAUCAUUCCACACUUGGGUCCUGGGCGUUUACCAUCAACUGUUGAUCCUGAUAGCAUGGACCCAGCCGAAAGAGCCAAACAACAUGCAAAACGUCAAGUUCGCAUUAGCGCGUGGAAGCUCGCAAAACUGGAUUCAAACGAGGCAAUGAAAGCGGCUGCAAAAGCCAGGGCCUCUUCAUCUGUACUGAAGCCGAUCAAUAGCCGUGCCCAAUAUGAAGCAGACCGGUGUUCCAGUGACAACCUCAGCUGCAGAAGCAGUGUCAUGAGUGCUGAUACCAGUCACCACAUAGACACUCGAUCUGGCAGGAAUGUCCAGUACAAGUCAUCUUAUCCACCCAGCGCAGCAAGUGGAGAUGACAUUGAGCUGUAUCCCCAGACACCCAGCAGUUUCCAAAGCAACUCGCGGACUCCGACACCUAUUGCAGAGCACCAUCCCUCGAAGCAUUUCAACCCAAUCUAUCAGACAUCAGCAAACAGGUCUCCAUUCUCAGCCAAAGCAAGUGGAGUAAAUGAAGCAGCCAUCUCAGAAUCCAACAACGCAAGGAGGUUUGGUGCGCCAAACACAGAUAGAUCUCCUCGGUCAUCUGUUUACUGGGAUCAGGAAGCUGGCCGGUUCAUGUCUGCGCAGCCAAACCAGGGAUCGAGCUCUCGUGUGGGCCGUCCUGAUCUUCUCUACACUGGACAGUCUAUAUUCUUUGGUGGACCACUGAUGGCAGAUCCUACAACAAGAAGUUUCAGAGAUCCUGGCGGUUCGAGCCAACGCUCUGCUGUGUCUCGCCCUCACCAGCUCCCUGUGUUCAUUCCCACCGAUCGCCGAAAAGAUCAAGUCUCUAGGUUAACAUGAAGUAAACUGUUUUUGGAGUAUUCAUCUCUGCUUGAUUGUUCAAUGUAUAGCUCUUAGUUCUUACAUCAGGAAUUGUAGGCUAUGAUUUUCUGCCAGUUAGGUGGAAACCGUGCUUAAUUUAGGUAAGAUUUUAAUACAGAAACGAUGAAUUCUCUUUCAUUUAUUGAGGCAAAAAGUGUCCUGAAAUUUUAUCAAAGAGCGGCUUUUUUGACA